AUGACAGACUACAACUACAUUUUUGAAGGCUGGGCCGGCCACGACCCCGAUUGUGUGAAAGGAAACCUGAAGUGGGAAACCUACGAGCCUAAGCCCUGGUCUGAAGACGAUGUCGACAUCCAGAUCUCGCACUGCGGAGUCUGCGGAUCCGAUAUCCAUACCCUACGCUCUGGCUGGGGUCCCGCCAUGUACCCUUGUGUUGUCGGUCACGAGAUUAUCGGCAAAGCCGUCCGCGUGGGCAGCAACGUCAAGCACGUCAAAGUAGGCGAGCGCGUGGGCGUGGGCGCCCAAGCUGCCUCCUGUCUGAAGCCCGACUGCGCCAUGUGUGCCGACGGACUAGAGAACCAUUGUCAAAAGAUUGUGGGGUCGUACAAUGGCAUUUUCGCCGAUACUCAGAGUAAGAGCUACGGCGGGUAUGCAAAGUAUAGUCGUACGCCAGGGCAUUUUGUCAUUCCCAUCCCUGAUGGCAUUGAUAGCGAGCAUGCAGCGCCGCUGAUGUGCGGUGGCGUGACAGUCUUCUCGCCGCUGAGGAGGUACGGGGCGGCUGGAAAGCGGGUUGGUGUUAUUGGAUUGGGUGGCCUGGGACAUUUUGCUGUACUAUUUGCCAAGGCCAUGGGCGCAAAGGAAGUCGCUGUUAUCUCGCGGACGCGAAGUAAAGAGGAGGAUGCGAAGAAGUUGGGUGCAGACCGUUUCAUCGCCACGGAAGAAGAUGGCUGGAGUAGCGGCACCAAUGCUUCUUCGCUAGACCUCAUCAUCUCGACCGUUUCAUCGGACAAUAUGCCGUUCUCUGGGUACUUGAACCUAGUGGCGUUUCGAGGCACGUUUGUGCAGGUGGGUGCGCCAGAGGAUCCAAUGCCUGGAUUUGCGGCGUGGCAACUUAUUAUGAGUGAAGUACAUAUCACGGGGUCGGCUAUUGGACCGCCAAAGGAGAUCAAGGAGAUGUUGCAGGUGGUUAAGGAAAAGGGAGUGAAGCCUUGGACGCAGGCGAUUCCAAUGGCCGAGGCGAACCGGGCGAUUGUGGAGUUUGAAGAGGGCAAGCCCAGGUACAGAUUUGUGCUCACAAAUUAG